AUGUUCAUAACAUACACCACCAAACUAGUCUCCUACAACACACAUUCUUGUCUGAUUUCCAACAUAACUCACACAAAACCUCCACAUUUGAAUCCUCCUACUUUUGCUAAGAAAAAAGAUUCGUCAGAAGAUUCAAGCUACAAACAAAACAAACCCACUUCUCCAUUGAGUUUGUUCAGCACUAAGAAGAUCCUCAUUCAGUCUGCUGUUGGAGUUUUUGCACUCGGAUUCAUCGAUGCCGGGUACAGUGGAGACUGGUCAAGAAUUGGUGUGAUUUCAAGAGGCACAGAGGAUUUGCUCAAGACUGCAGCUUUUUUAGUUGUCCCUUUUUGCAUUUAUGUGAUAUUUUAUCUUUCUAAGGGAAACAAAUCAUGA